AUGUCUCUGAUGAAAGCCGUUGAUAUCCGAGGUGGCACGGGUGAACGUGAUGCUCUCUUCAUCAAUGAUCAUACGCCCAAACCUACUCCCGGCAAAGGCCAGGCCCUCGUUAAGAUCAAAGCAUUUGGCAUUAAUCGCAUGGACAUUAUUCAGCGCCUCGGCGAAUAUCCUGUUCCUCCCCAGGCGCCAAAAACACUCGGUGUCGAAUUUAGUGGCAUCAUCGAGACAUUUGGCCCUGGAAAUCACAGUACCUUCAACAAAGGAGACGAAGUGCUCGGGCUAGCUUACGGUGGAGCUUAUGCUGAGUAUAUUGCAGUCAGUUCCAAGAUGCUCAUACACAAGCCGCAUGCUGUCAGCUGGGAGGAGGCGGCAGCGAUUCCUGAAACUUGGAUCACAGCCACGCAAUCUCUACAUAAAGUACUGGAAUUCACUAGCGGCAAGUCUAUUCUCUGGCAUGCCGGGGCCUCCGGUGUAUCGGUUGCAGGUAUACAGUUGUCGCGAUUGGCUGGCGCAUCUGCAAUUUAUGCUACAGCAGGGAGUGAUGAGAAGUGCGAGUUUGUGACAUCUCAGCUUGGCGCUACUGCCGCGUUCAAUUACAAGACACAAGACUGGGUUUCCGAAAUAAAAGAGGCUACUGGGGGAAAGGGAGUGGACUUUAUUAUUGACUAUGUUGGCGCAGACUACUUUCAGAAGAAUCUCGAUGUUGCGGCUCGUGACUGUCGCAUUGUGCUGCUGUGGCUGCUGAGCGGCGGCAAGGUUCCCGAUGCAGACAUCUCGCAGAUUCUGUUCAAGCGUAUCCGGAUUGAAGGCUCCACGUUGCGAAGCCGCGAUGAGGAAUAUCAGGGUGAGCUACGCGAUAAGCUUGAAACUUAUAUGCCAGAGUUUGAGGCGGGUAGACUCAAGAUUAUAAUAGACAAGAUACUAUCCUGGCAAGACAUUGUUGAGGCACACAAGUACAUGGAAGAAAAUAAAAGUUUGGGUAAAAUUGUUUGUACUAUUUCUUAA